AUGGCUCAGGAGGGUCGUAAGGAACCAACGAUUUUUGACACUGCCAAUGGGCUUGAGAAGCAUCAAGACUCUGAGCCAGCUGUUACUGUUGGAUGUCUUAGCAACCUUUAUAGAAGUGUUGUGGACAUGAAAAUCGAUGAUUUUGAGACUGAAGCUUGUAAGCAGAUGUUGCUGUAUCCCAAGAACAUUAGGGAAUCUCGAUACAUAAACUUUAAGCUCAACAUAGACCCUACUGAGAGCUUGCUUUGGGUGAUGAAUGAGGAGAUAAGUUUCUCACAGUAUGAGAAAUUUGAAGAUAGCAUGCAAAAGGAUGUCGGUGGAGUGUUUAGCAGAGACAAGUCGUCGUUUAUCAUAACCGACGACUUGAUUUUCACUUUCCUGGCUGUCCCUCUGGAAUUUGUAUGUGAUAUCAAUUUAGACUCCAUUGGAAAUCUCCGCAGAAGCUUCAAAGACUUGACUGUUGUUGAUCAUACAGCUUCCAAAUGUGUGCUUCCUUAUUACUAUAAAUGUCAGAAGCAGUUGUCUGGCAUCACCACUGAAGAACCACCGGUUUACUACCGUUACAGGCUCUACAAUGUCAAUGAAGUGAAGUAUGGUUUGACUAAAAAUGGUAAUCUAACUCCUCUUUACCGCAACGAAAGAAUAGUUCGAGCGGAUUUGAUGGAUCCCAAAUCCUCUGGCAGUAACAAGUCUACUCAUUGUUACGGGUUCUUGAAGAAAGAGACAAAGUUUACCGUGUUAGAUGAUCUGACAAUUACAUCUAUGAACUCAUGCUCCACUAUUUCCUUACUGAAGAAGUUGCAGAGUCACGCAGACGACCUAGAGGUCAAAGUUAUCAGCAUCAGCAAUGCAGAGGCUUUGAAUUUGUUGAGAGCUUCACUGGUGACAUCCUCUGCUUUGAGCACGGCUUUAUGGAGUUUGUUUGCUGAAAAACUGAAAGAGGAGACUGAUUUAUGGAACCCGGUUUCAAAGAAGGUGAAGGAAGGAAGAAGAGACUUGAAGAAAUAA